AGACUUUGAUGAAGCAUUAAUGAUCAUAUCCGUUUUCCCGAGUCAAAAUAUGAUUACUGCUACAAGUUUCGGCCACCAUUACCACCACCGUCACGCCGCCUUCAUCAUCGGAGGAGCGAGCUGUGCCGCGGCCGCGUUGCGUUGAACGGUUGAAGAAUGACACGGACACGGCUAACAGCUUCCCGUCACUCUUAUCAUCUUUGAUGAUGGGCAAGCCGCCAUUUCUGUCGCUUAAAUUCGCCGUGGUUCUCUCCUUUUCUCUCGCCGCUACCGCCUCGUCCACGUCACUCUUCUUCCCCAGACCCAAGCCCCAAAAGCAUUCUACCGUCUCUAUACCCAAAGCCAACACCAAAGACUUGCUGGCUCUUCUGGGCUCUCCCCAACAGGCUGCUUCUGUCAAUGCCGAAGAAGCUCAGAAACUGAAAUCUUGUUUCAAGUUCCUGGUACCGUUUUCGCCUCCCGCUAGACCCGGCAUUAACGACCCUUUUCGACGUUCGCUCAAUUCUCGUAAAUCUUUGAGCAGUGAUCAUAGCGGAAGAGGAGUGAGAGACUGGGAACGCGAUAAUGAGCUAAUAUGGUGGCCGCCAGCCCCGGUUAUGGAGCUUGCUCGUCUUGCUGUUGACUCUGGUGGCGAUCCCGGUGCUAUUCAUAGAGCUCUUGAUCCUACUCCUAUCAAGGUACCAGAUGUUGAAGGAUCAAAAGAAGAUAAAUGUGAGCUCACAAGAACUCCUUAUGGUUGGCGCUUUAUAAAUGAGGAGUUGAAUUCAUACCUAAAAUUUUUAUUUGAAAUGAUUGCUGCUCGGGGUCCGAACGUAGGACUGAAUGUCUCAUUAAACCGCUAUGACUUCUUUCACGGCCACCUUUUUAUUGCUGUGGACUCUGGAAGACUUGGGAUUUUGUUCCAUGCCAAAGAAUACCCAGCCUACGAGAAAGAGGUGUUUCCUUACAACAUGGGUUAUUGCCAGAUUGGUUCUAAUGUCACUUAUGACGAUUCAAUGAAUUUGCGUAACAUCCUGUGGCUAGCCCCUUUGCCAAGUAAUUCCACAAAAACGUGGUUGGCGCCUGGAGUCCUUGUGGUAUUAGAUGCCCAUCCAGAAGGAAUCAUUUAUCAGGACCUCAUUCCUGAAUAUGUUAAGUUUGCAAGGACUCUAUAUGAAGAGGAUUUUGGGGAAGUUGUAGUUGAUGUUAACUACCUAAAUGUGGGAGCUGAAGUGCCAAAAUAUCAACUCUUCAUGUGCUGACACCUUCUGAAGGUAGAAAGCUCCUUUCCUUGGUGUCAUGUCAAAUUUGUUGGCAGAGAACAGAUGAAUCGUUGUGUGCAUUUGUAGAUGUGACUGAUCUUCAUGCUAUAUAACUAGUUUCGCACUCGUGUGACAUUUUCUCCAUCUUCCACCGCAGUAUUAAAUUCUGCAUACCAAAGAAAAUGAUCAAGCUUCCUGUUUGCAAGUUCAAUUGCUUCAGAAUGUGAUGGACUAGCAACCUCCCACCCCAUUUCACUGGAUGACUAUCUACGCAUAUCUUUCUGUUGUUUCUGAAUAAUGAAACAAAAUUAUACGCCUUCCAUGCGUCCAGAUCAUGGCUGGUGAAUGUGUUACUGUCCUUCAAAGUCUCUGUCAUUUAUGAUGCGGGUGCAGCAAGCGUUUCUUGCCUCUUCUUGUUAAAAUGAGAACAAAUCCAAAUCCAUUGAUGAUUAGUUCUCUCAUUGGACAUUGCAUGAAAGAAUAGGCGUACUUGAAUCCAAUUGUUCAUGUCUGAUGUCUCCAUAACAGUUCCACUUUUUCUGGAUGGUGUAUUUUGAACGUCUCUGUAGUGUGAAUUGUACAAUUUAAAGUGCAAAGUUUUCCUCUUCUCCCUCCCUUGAAACUUCAGUAUGAUGCAUCUCUUUACCUAGAGUGCAUUUCUAA